GGCGAGGCGAGGGUUGGGACGCAGGGAGAGAAGUGUCAAGAUGCAGGAGACUUAGCGGCCCUUUUUUUCUCCCUUAUUUCCCCCUCCAGCGCCUCCUGCACCAUGAAUCUGCACAGGAGGAGCCAGGCCGGGUUCAGGACCUAUGUGGACUACGAGGAGAGACCAGUUGAUGUUCCCAAGGAGACGAAUGUUGAUGAGGAGAAGAUUGAGCCCCAGCUUCUGCCAGGGGAAAUUGUGAUAGCGGAGGCCAACAAUGUCCUCAAGUUUGCCCCGCUGAAAGCCAACCGGACCGGCAUCUCCGGGACCCUGUUUGUGACCAACUUUAAGGUUUCUUUCGUCACCUCGCUCCCUGUAGAGCCCAAGGAAAAGGAGAUGCAAAGCCGAAGCCUCCAGAAGCACUUCCUUGGCGUCCAUGAUGUGUGUCUCUCUGAGGUUGACACGGUGAACCAGUUUUCUGAAGGCAACAACUCUAAGAAGAAGCGCUUGCUGUACAAUGCCCCGAUCCCUCCCAGACUCUCAGGGCUGCAGUUAUUGCUAAAGAACUUGCGUGUCAUCAAUUUCAGCUUUAAAUUCACCCCUGCUGGCGAAGACGUGCGAGUGGCCCAGGCGUUGCUGCACCAUGCGUUUCCUACCUCUGUGGACCACCUGUUCCUCUCCUGUGGCUACCCUUCCCCCAGUCAAGGCAUUCCAGACUUCUGUAUGGCACAAGACUGGGAGCGUGAACUUCAAAGAACUCGGUGUCCCAACUGGAGGGUUUCCAAGCACAAUGAGUGUUUCAACCUCUGUUCAUCUCUCCCAACAGUCCUAGUCGUACCACGAGACCUCCUGGAUGCACAGCUGGAGCAGGCGGCGCAACAUUUCCAGGGGACGCGGCCGCCUGUCUGGUGCUGGGGCUCCCUGGCGGGGGCGGCGCUGGUCCGCAUGGCCCAGAUAUCACCAAGCAUCACUGACAACCACCGUAGGUUGUCGAUGUCUAAGUCUUUUGGAAGCACCAUGAAGAAAAGGAAAAUGGAGGAAUCUUCUCAGCAGCAGGAGAACAGAAUGAUGGGGCUGGUGCAUCGCUCCCACCCAAGGAAGCUGCAACCAAAGAUCUUUGACCUUGACCAAAUAUUGCCUUCCCUCAAAGACAUCCAGAUCUCGUACACUAAAUUAAGAGAAUUGCACACACCUGAUGACCCUACACAGUUCUGGGACCAGGACCGGCACUACUUCAGUCGACUGGAGUCCUCUCGUUGGCUCUCCCACGUCAGCAAGUGUUUGGAGGUGGCUCAGAGCGCCGCCACGGCCAUCCUCCACCACAACCUCUCCGUCAUCCUGCAGGACAGCUCAGGGUGUGACCUCAGUGCUGUCAUUUCGUCCCUGGUGCAGCUGCUCCUGGACCCACAGGUGCGCACCAUCCGCGGCUUCCACUGCCUCGUGCAGAAAGAGUGGGUUGCUUUGGGCCAUCCCUUCACUAAGCGCCUUGGUCACACAAGGAAUCAGGUGGAUGAACAGAGUCCGCUGUGGUUGCUGUUCUUGGACUGUGUGUAUCAAGUGGGCCUCCAGCACCCGACUGCCCUGGAGUUCACCUCGGACUAUCUGGUCGCCCUGUGGCACGCUGCAUACUGCUCGCUGCACUCCAGCUUCAUGUUCGACUCCAUCAAUGCCAAAUUCACUGCCAGUGCUGUACUUCAGCGUGAGAACCCAGAGAAGCCAAUAUACCUGCGACCGGUGUGGAGUUGGUGGGCAGAAAACCAAAGUAUUAUUGAGAAUGGACAGAAUGGGUCCUCUGAGGAGCCACAAGAUAGCAAGGCUCCAUCCAGGGAAGCUUUCCUCAAUGUCCACUACAUACAAAACUUGUUUGAGUCACUGUGCAUUAGUGGUGCUCUGAAACGCAUCAGUGACCCUCUGUCUAGUGCAUACCACACGUGGCAUCACAUUGAAUGUCUCUUGGAUGACACUAGACUGUUGCCAUUUGACCCAGCCACCCCAGUUAUUCCUCUACAGCUGGAUUGCAGCUUGAGAAUUGACACAAGCUUGAGCAAUCUGAAACUAUGGAAGGAUUGUUUCUGUGCCUGGCUAGCGGAACCAGCAAUGCUGACGCUGAACGACUCAGAGUCUCUGCUGAAGUCUUCCCCCUCAACCUCCCACCACUGGGCACACCUUUACCACAUGUACAACAGCCUGAAGGACCUUUUGUCACAGACCCUGACCAAUGGAGCUGCCCAGUAGCCUGCCAGCCUAACUUUUAUAUAUAUAUUUUUUAUUUAUCUUAUUUACAGUAUAAGAGACUGGUCAUAGGGAAAGAUAAUUUUUUAAAGCCCUCAAAAUGCCAGUCAUUAAAAAGGAAACAAAGAAAGAAACUUUUUUGAAAAGUGAGAUAAAGUUUUGUUUUAGAGUCAUGGUGUCUUGAAGAAGAAAUGCAGUGAAAGGAAUUAAGAUGGUUCUCAAGCUUACUAGUGAGAGGGAUCAAGGAGUGAAGAUGCUGGUGAAUUCCUGAACCAAGCUUUUUAAACCAAAACUUAAUGCCAACUAAGUUAACUUGUGGUGAUCAGAUACACCAGUAUGUGCAGCAUGAAAAGGAAGUCACGAGUGGCUGGCUUGUAGAGUGUCAAGGAGCUUGGGAACACUGGAUUAUUGAGUCAACUCUUGCAUGAAGAUGAAUUGAUGAGAAGUGAUGCGUUGAGCCAUUGACUUGCAUGCUAUUCUUUACACUGGUAUGCUUAAGUCAGUCAUGAGUGGCUGACUUGUUGGGCGUUGUUGGCUAUGUGAGAGUGACGAGCUUGUGAUAUCACUGCUCACCAAAAGUUUUAAUUCACCACAGCGUGUCAUUCCUCACACUGGCAUGUAUUAGUUACUCUUGAGUGGCUGACUUGCUGAAUGUCAUUGUACCCGUGAACUUGAACUUGACUUGGCUGGUCAUUGAAAGAUAAACCGUGAGCAGUGACAAAUUUAACUAUAGAGAGCAUAUCAAUCCUUGCACCGUCUGCAUACCGGUGUGAAUAUUGUGGGAUUCAAAUGGCCUGUGUGUGGCUGUUGGAAAGUGUUGUUAUGGGAAUAUUUCUUCCACUUAGGCCACAGUGUGUGUAUGUGUGUGUGUGUGUGUGUGUAUUUACCUAUUUGUACCUAUUUGUAGUCUACCGGGCCCGAGCUAAGCUCUAAUAGUCCUGUCUCCAUAUCUACAUUCAUCUAGCCUUUCUUUCAUUUGGUGGACACUGCUCGCCUCCACUACCUCUUCCUGCAAGUUGUUCCAUGUGUUAAUACUUCUUUGUGGAAAACUAUACUUUUUCAAGUCACUCAAACAGGUUCCUUUAUUAAGUUUCUUUUCAUGUCCUCUCGGCCCCUGUGUUCUCGAAAUUGAGAAGAGAUCAUCUCUAUCCACCUCAUGAAACUUAUUUACCAACUUUAUAGCGUGAUCAGAUCUCCUCUCUCCCUUCUUUGUUCCAGUGUUGUCAAGUCCAUCUCCCUCAAUCUGUCUUCAUACAUCAUAUUCGAGAGUUCUGGGACCAUUUUAGUUGCAAUUCUCUGUAUCCUUUCCAACUUUCUGGUAUCCUUCUUUUUGUGAGGCAACCAUACAACUGCAGCAUAUUCUAGUUUUGGGCUUAUCAGUGUUGUUAUUAUUUUCUUCAUAAUUUCUUUGUCCAUAUAGUGGAAUGAUACCCUUAUAUUUUUAAUCAUCCUGUAGGUUUCUCCAAAUAACUUGUUUAUGUGCUUUUCUGGGGAUAGUGUAUCUUACAUCAUUACUCCCAGAUCUUUUCUUCGUGUACCACCUUUAAGUUUUCUUCUCCCAUCCUAUAUGUUUUCCUUGGUCUUUUUUUACUUUUCCCCAUUUCCAUAACAUGGCAUUUGUUUGCAUUAAAUUCCAUCUCCCAUAACUGGCUCCAUCUAUACACUCUAUCCAGGUCUUUUUGCAGUUCUUCACAGUCUUCCUCUGUCUUCACUUUCCUUAUUAACUUUGCAUCGUCUGCAAAAAGGCUCAUAUAACUUUUUAUACCCAUCGGCAUAUCAUUUAUAUAUAUUAUGAACAUUAUUGGUGCCAUAACUGAGCCUUGAGGAACUCCACUCUCUACUCUCCUCCAAUUUGAUUUCUUUUCUCUAAUCACCGUCCUCAUUUCUCUUCCUGUUAAGUAAUCCUUCAUCCACUGGAUAACCUUUCUGCCCAUUCCUCCCCAUUUCUGUAGUUUCCAGAUUAACCUUUUGUGUGGAACCUUGUCAAAAGCUUUUUUCAAAUUGAGAUAUACACAGUCAGCCCAUCCUUCUCUCUCUUGCACCACAUCUGUUGCUCUUGAGUAGAAACAUAGUAAGUUGGUGACACAUGAUUUCCCUUUUCUAAAUCCAAACUGUCCCUUAUUUAUCAUGUUUUCCUUUACUAAAUGAUCGACCCAUUGUUUUUUUUAUUAUACUUUCACAAAUCUUGCACAUUACACUUGUCAAAGAGACUGGUCAAUAAUUUAGUAGUUCGGUUUUAUCUCCACUUCUAUAAAUUGGUACAAUGUUCGCUCUUUUCCACUCUAAGGGCACUUUUCCUGUAUUUAUAGAGCAUGUUAUUAUGUCAUAAAGUGGUUCCAGUAAUUCAUUUCUACACUCUUAGCACUUGACCAGAGAUUUCAUCCGGUCCCAUAGCUUUCCUUUCAUCUAAAGUUUUCAUCAGCUGUAUCAGUUCCCCUUUCUCAACCUUUACAUAAUUUAGUUUCCCUUCAUUACAAUUUUCAAGACCCCAGUCAAAGUCGGUCUCUUGUAAACACUUUAUGAAAAUUUUUAUUUAAUAUUUCUGCAAUUUCUUCAUCCUUUCCGUAAAAAAACAUUUUUUUCUUUUAGCCUUUCCACUCCUUCAUUUCUUAUUAACUUCCCAUUUACGAAUUUAUAAAACUGUGUGUGCGUGCAUGUGUGUGUGUAUGCUGAUCAUGGGGUGUGAUGAUGGAGUGGAAGGGGCCCGGAGUGAUAAGCUUAAACUAAGUCUUCCAACAGCCAAAGGUUAGCAUAUGGUGGUGUGUGUCUUCAAGUUUUAUUAAGGGACACAAGGAGGCUGGGCACAAGUUUUAAGGAUGUCUCUGUGGCUGUGGGACCAAGAGGCAGAAAACAUUAAACACACACCACUUGGAGUCAUGCUGGGUUGACAUGUUGAUUGGUGGGUGGGGGGCAACAUCUGUGGGGAAAUUUGGAUAUUUUCUUAAAUUAUACCAUUUCAUAAUUAUUGAUUGGAUUUAGGGCCGUAUUACAAGUCAAACCUGAGAUGUUUCGGGUCCUUACAGUGGUCGGUUUAGGGGCCGUACUACAAGUCCAAUUCAAGAAGUUUCAGGUCCCUACAGAGUUUGGGAAGAAUAACUCUGUAGGGACCAGAAACAUCUCGGGUUUGACUUGUUAUACCGCCCUUAAAAAGAGAGAAAAGUACAUAUUUGAUUCAAGCACAAAAUUUUUCAGUAACUAAGGCAUGAUAAGAGCAAACAAUAUAAUUAUAAACCCCUCAACAAGAUGCUUCCAUUAAAAAAAAAGUGAUUCCCAUGGGAGGGUCAGUUGUGUUUGCCGACAUGUCUUGGUCCUCCUCUCCUGAAAAGUUUGUCAUGGGCAGCAGGAAGCACAGAGGAGGGAAGGCUGCUUCAGAGUUUACCAGUGACACGGCUGAAAGAAUGAGUCAAGAAGAGCAGCCAGCAUGAAAACAGCAAUGAAAGAUGGCAAGGGAAGCAAUAUUGUGGCAGCCUUUAAGAGAUUGAAGAAUUAGUAAUAGGAGAGGAGUUAGCAAGACAAAUGGUCUUUGACUACUCUGUUUAAAAGUGCUUUAUUUUAUCUUACACUUUUUUCCUUUUUUAUGGUAGCCUCCCCUUCCCCCAUCAUAUUAUAUGUGGGAAAUAAUGAUUAGAAAUUUCCUCUGUGUGUAGGUGGGUGGGUGGGUGUAUGUGUAUAUACGUGUGUGUGUGUGGUACAAGAAAAGUCCAUUGAUGAAACUUUUGUGUGGAGGGUUUAGCAGAUGUCUUCCACCUAAUAUAGUUUAUACAGUGAGUGACUGGAUCAGUGGUCACCUUGUUAUGGUUUUGUGGAUCAUGGUGUACGAGCAUAAUGAUCUCAUGUGCAGAUUUAAGUCUUUGUGGGGCUCCCUAGAUUACCCAGUAGUAUUUGUAUUGUGCUGUAUGUGCUUGUGUAAAAGUAGACUCCCAAGACUACUAUGAUAUAUUAGAUUGAAGAAUGAAUUAAACUCCCUAGAAAAGGAGUAUCAUUGCUAGUGGCUGUAGCAAUAGUUAUAGCAGUAGUAGUAGUAGUAGCAGUAGUAGUACAAUAAGUUCUUCAAUAACAUUGUUUCACUAUAACAUUGCUCAGAAAAAAAAUACUGAAGAAUAAAAAAAAAUCCUAAAGCAUACGACAAUCACAAGCAUAGGACAAUAAAUGGUGUGGUACAACAACACUUAACGGUUGCUACUAUUAGCAUGACUCUUUUUAUUUUCUAUUUUUUACUUCUUAAAUUGUGUUAAGCAAGGAUCUUAAGUUUUUUUGCUUUCCAAACACUUGGUCCUUAAUUUAUCCGUGUUGCACUGAGCAACGGGCAUGGCUGGUGCAGCUCCACUGUCUGCAGCAACAAUAAGUGCCCCAGAUGUACCUUGACUGCUACCAGGGUUGAAGGGAGGGGGGGCCCUGCAGACCCCCUCCCCUCCCCACACCACUGCUGCCAUUCACUUACUCACUGGUAAAUAAUUAUCACAUUUGUUUUUAUUAAAUCUUUCUUUAAACACAGAUGCAUUUCAGUGUUUCAUAUUGAAAGUAUUUUGGCCCUUUAUUUUAAAGCUUGGUGAUAUUUUUGUGUACAGAAAUAGAGUGCAGGUGUAUUAUUGAGUCAACUGUAAAGUUGGUUUCUCAACGCAGUUUCACUAAAUGUCACUCUUUCCAAGAACCUGUUAAUGACAUGGUGAGUGAGGACUCACUGUAGUAGCAGUAGUAGUAGUAGUAGUAGUAGUAGUAGUAGUAACCUUGAAAAACUUGGCUUUAAAAAAUCAUUCAAAAGAUUGGACUUUUACACAUGGAUGUACAGCACAGUUAUUUUCCAUUUAGAGUCACAAGAAUAUAUAUAUAUAUAUAUAUAUAUAUAUAUAUAUAUAUAUAUAUAUAUAUAUAUAUAUAUAUAUAUAUAUAUAUAUAUAUAUAUAUAUAUAUAUAUAUAUAUAGUCAUACAUAAGUUCCUCUUUUGAAGUUUUAAGCUUCUGGGGGCAGAACAGAGUGAAUGCUCUGUUGAGCUACGUAUUUUAUGGUGUGCUUCUGUUGCUUAUUAUUUAGUUGCUAGAUGCAUCUCAUCAGUCGGACGGACGGCGUUCCUACACAUGUAAGAAUGUUGGGUUAUAAAAUCGUCAUUGGCGAUAUUAGUCGGUGAAGUGAUGUACAUACUAGUGUAUAAUCCUUUCAGUGUUUUAUUCCUGGUCAGGGAAUGAAUGCAGAGGUUCCCGGCCUUGAUUCCUGGAAACCCUGUCUGUACCUCAAGCCAUGAGCACAACCCAAGUGAUCACAUCAGUUACUUGUCCUCACCUUUUAGUGCAGGACUAGAAACACUAUGCCAAAAGAUGUAAACAUCAGAUGCACUUCUAUGCUGCUGAUUAACAUAUUUUCCAAUUUUGUGACCCACAGAACUGUUCAGCAACUCCUGGGUUGAAAUUUCCUGAGUUAAUGCAGUGUAGCAAUGACAUUCUCUCAUUUGUCUUUACAUGUGAGGGUCUCCUGUGUUACAGCCUUCCUAAAAUUUGAGUUGGUGCAAACUAAGUUGUUGUGGGUAGGCAGCCCAUCAUGGCCUGUUGUAGUGGUGUGUGUGUGUGUGUGUGUGUGUGUGUGUGUGUGUGUGUGUGUGUACACUCAUGCACAAGCACUUCUUGGUGCACUGUUAGAGGCUGCAGCCCCUUAUUGGUCAUGUGUCCAAGGCUCGGCCACAGUAUCAGUUGGUGGGAAGUGGCCGGGUUGGUGAGAAGGUGGAUCCAGUCUGUGCUAGAGUCACCACCAGCCACAUCGUCCCUUGAGACAUGCCUCCCUCCAGGAAUUGUUUCUGAUAGGCAGAGAUUAUACUAUUACUUCUCCCCUGAGGAGAAGGCAGGGUGAGGAGACAAGAUGGCUGGAGGUGCCUGCACAGGUUUAUGCCGCUCCUCAUCUCUUGAGUGUAAAUAGUGUAGAUGGAGUCUGGGCUUCACAGCAGUACUGAUGUUUGUAAUGUAAAGCCUAUUUACUCCCCAUGUGUUUUACGUAUUUACUUUUGAUGAUGAUGAUGGAACUGGGCUGGCUGGUUGUUCCUUAAGUAAACACAUUUUGUGUCAAUAAUGCUGCAGCACAAAGUGACGCUUACAGUGCAUGGCUGCAGGUUAUGUUGCAGAGGCAUUUGCAUGUAACGGCUUUUUUACCUGUUUGAUGAGCAGUAAAUGGAUUCAUUUGUUAGAAAAAAAUAUUAUCAUUAUAUAUUUUAUUGCACAGUAGGCAGGCCAAGGGCAAUACAUUAAUACCCAUAGCACACUGCUUGUAUGAAAAAAAUGCAGAAGAGGCCAAAAGGAUUAUUAAUUUUAGUUAUAAAGGUGUUUAUAUUUCCCUCUUGAGUGAGUUUCAGUCACAGGAGGGCUGUUACUUGAAGAGUAAUGCAAAUUGAAAUUAAUUUUUUUAAAGUUUCACUCUACAUGAAUGCUCUCAAAUGUACCAGGUCCAUGUGAUCUCUGUUUGUCAAGCCCUUUAUGCUCAGUGGAUCCUGAACAUCUGCUCUCGUUGUGUCAGGAAGGCUUUCCUUCCAAGGCUGGCGAUGCACACUUGGAGGUGUGAGUGUGGUGCUUGUGGUGUCCCAUCACCACUGUGAGAGCCACAUCACAGGUCUUGGAGGAGAGACCUAAAACUGUUGGUCACAGAUAUUAGUUGUAAUGACAGAUUUUGUACAUUGGGUUUGAAUUGAUCAUUUAUUUAAAGCUAAGCAAGAUAAUUCACCAAUAUUUGCCCAAGGAAAGAAUGAAUAAACAGGUGUCUGAAUGUUGGAAUUGAGUAUGCUCAUGUAAAAGCUGAUAUUGUGUAGCAGGCUAUGCUACAGAAGGCUAUGAUAAUUUGUUAAGUUGAGGAAUGAAUUUUACCUCUAGAAAGGUAUUAUCCAUGUAAAAGUUGGUUCCCUAUACUGGACCUUAAUGAAUUUUACAAAAAUAAAGCAACUUUUACAUGAGUAUGCUUGCUAUUUAUAUUGUGUGCAUGAUGAAGCAGUGCCUAAACCUGAGAAAUAAUUUUAAAGCAGGUCUCAUAGCAGUGCACCAGGAUACUUGCUGUUGCCUGCUGUGUCAGAAGUGAAUCCCAGACAGGGAAGUUUCACAAGAGACGCAGUGCUCAUUCCACUUUAGAUGAAAAGUGAGGUUGUUCACACUGGCUGCGAUGGUGUGUGCCUGAAGGCCGCAGCGUUGGCUGCAUAUCUUGGCAGCUGCUGCUGCCUUCAUUUUUCUCAACAUGGCUUCCCUCAGGCAUGUGUACCAGAGCAUUUAGGAGGUAGACUGAGGUGAAACAAGUGACCUGACCUCACUAGACCUAAUUAGGGUUGGACCUUCAGAUAUGUGGGUGUGUACGAACCACCAAAAGGGGCAAAGUCAGGCUUGUAGGCAGGCACUGUCAGUGUGAAGAGCUACUCAUUGAGCAUGAUCAAGUGUGUGCCUGCAGUGUACUCUGCAUCACAUCCAGUGUGAAACUGUCCCCAGAAGUGACUCAGAGGUAGGGUAUUCUAUGAGGAUCAUAAGUUGUCUACUUACCAAAGAAAUUAGUGAUGGGUUUUGUGUGAGGGUGUCAUGCUGUGUGGCCACUAAAUGCCUUCUUCUUAAAACUACACGGGACUCAGUGGAUCAUUUGGCACCACACCUGACCACAGUGAGGUGGACCGGCUUUGAUCCCACUCCUAACUGUGGGUUUUCUCUGACCGGCUUUGAUCCCACUCCUAACUGCAGGUUUUCUCCGACCCCAAGGCACACCCAGCCUUAAUGGGUACUGGUUAACCAUAACUAGGGAGGAGAAGGGUAGAGGAGAAAGGAAUUGGCUGCUAUGUGCAGGCUGUCUGAUCACUUGUAGUCUCCUGUUACUAUUGUGCAGUCUACUCCAUGUGCUGAUGGGCCUGCACACAGGUGACACUACACACCUGCCCUGUGUUGUGAGAGAGAUUGGGACAGCACUUUUAUCUUUACCUUAAUUCAGAUUGCAUAAGUGUCCUCAUACUCCUGUGUCCAAAAAGUGGGUCGUGUGAUUUCACUCGUGUGGCCGUGGAGGACAGGUGUGUGUCAAGGUCACUGUUCAUCACAAUAGUGGGACGGCAGGCUCUAUGUAUACUUGCGUGAAAACCUCCCCCCUCACAAUCCUCCCAGGGCUAUUGUACAAUCAAAUAAGAAAUAAGUUCAAGCCCUGGAAAAGUAGUACUCAUGUGUAAGUCAAUCCCAUAAACUCUGCUUCAGGAAAAUCAUUGAAAAAAAAUUACAUUUCACGAGUAUUUGCAGUGCUUAUGUCAGUCCAUCAGAUGGAGGCUACACUUAUUCUCGUUAACUUUUGCAAGUUCAAGCUAAUUUUGUACCUUAUUUAAAUCAGCAAUGUUCAUAUUGAAUAUCUAUGUAUUUAAUAACAGUAUAGGCAUUCAAACUUCUUAAGAAGGUUGUGGAUUCUUUGUGCAUGUCUCAUUGAUUUUUUUGUGUAUUCUUAUUUUCAUUUUGUUUGUGUUAUCUUGUGACUAAAUGUGGAGUGCAGAAUACAGGAGGCAUGAGGGUUAUUGUGUCGAGGUGACAUACCAUAAGGCUGGACUUCCAUUUUUCCGUGAUCUGCGUCUGCAUUGAUAUUCGUAUACGUGUCAGUGAUGAAGCCAGCGUGUCAGUGGGAUGCACUGAAUGAGUUAAAAGUGACAAUACGUUAUUUCUGGUUAACUCUUGAAUUAGGAAACUGGGCAGCAUAGGUAUGAGGUGAUGGUGAUGAGUGCAUCACAUACCAUUGGGUGGUAUGACUGUUGCCUCUGUGGACACUUCAUGCCCAAGGACAGCCCGUGUUUGCCCUUUUCAUAUCAGACCUCAUAAAGAAAAAACUAUUUUUCAGAGUAAUGACUAUUUUGUGUACAUGUUGCUGUGAUGAGUAGUCAGACUUCUCUUUGCUUGCAUUUUAGUGGGAGUAAGGCAGCAGCUUGGUCCAAAUUAGCAUCAGGGGAUGAGUAUAUAUGGCACCCUUGUACAGUGAACCCUCUACCAGGUGAACCUCUUAAGGAAAAUCACACCAAAUCCCGAAUCUCACCCUCUUACCAGACACUUUUUACAUGAACAAUGAUUUUUUUGUUAUUUGAUUCCUAUAAUUUUUGGUAUUAGAUAAAUCAAUACUCUUUGAGAAAUAUAAGCUAAACACAAUUUUGAUCUGAUAAAUCAACAUGAACUAUUGUAAACAAGUGAUAUCUUCUGCUUUUGUUUUGUUACAGUCCCUUGUUAGUGUUUUCCCCAGUUAAUUCAUGCUAUGGUUAACUGUACUACUACAACUUCUACUACUACUACUACUACUACUACUACUACUACUACUACUACUACUACUACUACUACUACUACUACUACCUAUUCAUACUUACUGAUAUAACAAACUCUGGUAUUACAACUUGCUGGUCCCCCCAAUUAGUUUGUUCAAUAGAGGGUUUACUGGAGUGGACAAGUGGCUGCUCAUCUUAUCUGUGGGAAGUACGUACACUUAGCAUAAUAGUACCAAGGAUGCCCAGUAAUCUAUAUGCUAGCGUGGAAUAGGGUAGCCAAAUCUUGUGUUGUGGGUGGAGAGGGGACAUUGUACUCGCUGCUCCGGCCCCCUAAGGGAGCCUGUGCAGUGACGUUGAUUUCUGUCAGUUGAACACCAGGCUGUGGGAGGGCCUGUGACUAGACGCCGCCACAGUGUGUGCCGCGGGAGGUGUGGCAGGGCAGUGUUUGUGCCUUGGGGUGUAUGUAUACCACCUGUGUGAUGUAAAGAAUGCUAUGGGGAAGUUAUAUGUGGACCUCCCCCUAUGCUCCACCCCUCACACACACACACACACACACACACACACACACACACACACACAUUCUCUCUCUCUCUCUCUCUCUCUCACACACACACACACACAAAUAAUUUUAUGGAUUUUUUUCUGUCCAUAUUAUCAUCUGUCCACAUAAUCAUGUGGUUGUGUCUCCCUUUACUGUGGAUACACACACACACACACACACAUACACACUCACCAUGUUAUAAACAUUUUAUGAGGACUUGGUUGUGAUUUUUUUAUAACAUUAUCUGAGGUAUUCUAAACACUUAUUGGAGUUUAGUUUUACAGUACAACAUUCUCUCUCUCUCUCUCUCUCUCUCUCUCUCUCUCUCUUUUUGCUUGCUGUUAAGCGUGCGUUCGCCUCACUCUUAUUUGAAGGUUGUGCCAACAAGGGCGAGCGUGACCCCCAAGCUGUUGUGUUGUUGCUAUUGUUCUAGUUAUGAGGGAGGGCAGGUGUGGUGGUGGUUGCUGCUGCUGCUGUAGAGGUCCUUAAUGUUGUUGUUAGCCACUGUUGGUAUACUGUACAUCCAUUGAUCGGCUUUACGUUAGAGUAUCGAAAAUUAUUAUGAUCAUAAUACUGAUAAUAUUAAUAAUAAUGAUAAUAAACAUGUUUAUUAGA